CGCGAAUAACGCUACCUGCUUGUGAAUUGUUGUUGCAAAUCGACUUCGACGCGGUGCGGUAAGUCGAAGUUUCGCCAAAAAAACGUCUGCAUUUGGCUGCAUAAAUAUAUUAUCUAAUCUGACAUUUAUUCAAUUGUUGCGACAAUAAUUCCGCAAAAUGAUGUCCCGAGACUGGGAGAGUAAAUUCUCCUCCAUUGUCAGAGAAACCGAAGCCAACCUUGCCAAAGUCAGGCAACGACUUGGUUCUUCGAGAUCUUCAAUUUAUGACAACAGUUUUCGUUCUUAUUCGCCAAAAAGAAACAUCUCAGGUACAUACGGAGUGAGUCAUUCAUCUCCAACCUCUUCCUAUCCAACAACAUCAUCUCCAGAGAAGACUAAUUUACAUACUGAAAGCGCAGACCCAUCACCUGCUUUAAUUGCUAUACUUAACGAGAAGAUUGAACAGCAAGGGAAGCUGAUUGAUAAUCUUAGUAAAGAAGUUCAGUUACUGGAGAAAGAAAGAGACGGGAUGCGAAACCGUAUGGAGAGAUACGAAGAUCAAUUGAGAGCACUGGAUAGGAGAUUGUCUGAGAAGGGCAUUGACCUACAGACUGAGAGGAAGAUUGAACUAUGGAGGAGGGAAAUGAAAACAGAAUUGUACGAGAUUCAGAGUAAAAUGCACAGUCAGAGAGCCAGCGCUGAUAUGUAUGGUGAUGAUAUGGUGUCAGCGAUUAGCAGGGAACUUAGAGAAAGCAAAACUCUACUGCAAGAAGAAUGUGAUUCUUUGAGACGAGAUAUAGAAAGUAUAAAAACCAAACUACUAAACCAAGAAGUAGACAUAGCGAGUCAGUUAGCUGACACUAAGAAUGUCAGCAGGAAAGUUGAAAGGCUUGGCAGGAAUGUGAAUAACAUUACCGAGAGUCAUCGCAGUCACAAUCGAGAUUUAAACGAUACGCUGCAGAGUAAUCAAAGCACACAGAAACAUCUCACACAAAUCAGGGCUGAAAUGGAGAAGUUGCUGGACAGUGUCACCAGAAUUGAAGCAAGAAGUUGCACACCGGGCACAAUGAAGUCUUUUGAUUUAAGUAAUGGAGAUAUCAAGUUAUCUGAAGGAGAUUAUAUUGGUAAAAAAUACCUGGAACCGGAUGAUCUUUGUCAGUUGUCGCUGAGUGACCUGGACGUAAGCACCAAUCUCAGUGAUUUCCAAACAGACCCGAGCAGUAAACCUAAAUUACAAGGAAGUACAAUUAUGUCUGAUCCAGAUAGUACAAUUGACCUGGAUGAUCUGAAUCUGAGUGGUACCCCUUCUAUCAGCUCAUUGGAAUUAGAUUCUGAUCUAUUUUAGAAAUGUUAAGCUUCCGUCCCUGUGAAUUCUGAUAAUGGAAUAGUCCACUUUAGACUGUACCAUUAUGAGAGGGUGUUUGGAAGGUGGUGAUUCUGAGAGGUUAGAUACUUUCACUAAAAGGUUCUCAGGUUUACUUUAGUUUAUUUCAGAAAUGAUAAAUUCACUGGUCUUGAUUGAAAUGAAAAAAAACAAUCAGAGAAAAAUUGUAUUACUAGUAAUCAAUGUGUGUCACCAUGACUGAUUUCGAAGCAGGUCUAUUCACUGCUGUUUUAACCCUUAAAGUGCCACAAUUUCUCCCACCUGGAUUUCAGUGCAACUUUUCACCUGUUUUUAUACUGUUUUCUACAAUUUUAUUUAUCAUUUUGGACCAAAUGGAGAUAAGAGUAAUUUUCCUAAUCUUAAUAACAAUUUUGAACAAAAUAUGGAAAACUUAUGUGGGUUAUAUUUUAUGAAUGGUGCUACCACAAUUUGACUUAGGCAAUCAAAGGGUUAACUCUAACCUCUCUAGAAUCAUUGCCAUGAACAACAAUCGAGUCUACUGUGUUUGUACAACUUCUUAAAAAAAAAACCAUUGUAUAUUGAGUACAAUCAUGGUUUCAAAACAGAGCAUUAGCAGAACUUCUCUGUAUGUUUCUCUGAUGACCGUGACAGUAAUUCAACAUACUUUUUGUAUACACAGACCUGAAAUAUCUUUUUUUCAUUGGUUUACUAUCAGUACUAAUCAAGUUUAUCUCUUCAUUGAAUAUGCCUGCAUCCACUAAGAGUUGUAAAAUAUCUUCCAUAUUACCUUUUAUAUUUUAUAAAUAUAGUGCUAAAUUUUUUGAAGCAAUCAGACUUGAUUUGUAUUGGUAGUGUCAAUUUCAGUAUUAGGUCAUUCUGUUACUCCUCCGAUCAAGCUCUGACACUGAGCUGCCAGACAUGGUUGGAGUUGUCAAUGACUUUUCAAGAGUUAAGUUAUGUAAUUUAAAAAAUUUCAAUCAUGAUUUAGGUGCAGUAGUCUUAAGAACACUUUUUCAAUAUUGGCAAUAAUUACCAGAUAUUUGUAAUAAUUACAAUCAGUCUGCUACCCGGUAAUAACACUGGUAGUUUACGAUAGAUAUUA